AUGGCUGCUCAGUGUUCCCUCUGGAAGGACGGCCAUGUGUCCGAUUGCAUGGGAGAGAUACUCCCCCCAGCAACAUGUCUGAUAUCGGCUUUCAUCUUAUGCUCUCGUCAUCUUUAUGCUAGUUGUCGGAUCAGAUCUGUAAACGUACCAAGUGGGCAGCGAUAUAUCACUGUACUCUCGCCGCUAGUCAGAAAGUUAGAACUCUUUGGGCUUCUGGCAGAUAUUGUGGUUGUUGUUUUUUCUAUUCUUGGUGCUCAUCAAGACCGUAUCCUUUUCUCUUCUUUGCUUAUCACCACUAUUCCGUCUAUUUAUCUACUUCUUCUCAUUUUCCUAAGGCGGAGUUCACACCGUCUCGCCCUGCAAUCCCACUCAGUAGUACUGUAUUCCUUGCAAUGGAUCUUUCUAGCUACCGCUAUCCACAAGCAGAUUGUGACAGGUGAAGAACGACCGAUUCUCCUUGCAUCCCUCAUUCGAUUCGCCAUUUCCGCGACACUCUGUCUGUUUCACUGGACUGCUAAGCGCAUACCGGCGCAAACUAGCGACGGCAACGACGAUAUACUUGCUUCAAAGCUCAGCAAAGACGGAACAGCAAGCGCGCUCUCCCGUCUGUCGUUUUUCUGGUUGAAUGAGUUAAUAUGGAAGGCGUAUCGGACGACGCUCGAGGUGUCAGAUUUAUACCCGCUGAAUCCAGACCAGAAAUCCGACGUCGUCGCUCGGCAUUUCGAUUUCAACGCUGACUAUUUGUCUGUUACUUCAACUCCUCUCCUACGCCGGCUUUGGCGGUUUAUCAAAUACGACAUCGUCGUUCAAGGCGGGUGGGCUGCAAUAAAUAGCGUAGCAGUGUACAUUUCUCCGGCGCUCAUACGAGUUUUCCUCAAAAAUCUGGAGUCUCCGGAAGAAGGAUCAAACCCAGCAACAACAGGUUGGCUAUGUGUCGGUGGGUUUCUCAUUGCCGGCGUGCUGGUUGGUACGGCGGAUUGCCAGUGCGAGUGGAAAGGCCGCCAGACGAGCGCAAAGGUACGCGCUGUACUGGUUAAUGAGAUAUACACAAAAGUACUUCGAAGAAGAAUUGCGCAGUCACUGCCGUCAGACACCGGAAAGGAGCACCAGGUGGCGACCGACGGAGGAAUCUUCAAUCUGAUGUCGAUUGAUGCCGAAAAUGUUAGCGCAGUGAGCGGUGAUUUGCAUUUCGUCUGGGUCACUUUUCUAGUGCAGACCAGCAUCGGAACAUGGUUUCUGUACAGAAUCCUCGGAAUUAGUGGCAUAUUGGGGGUGCUUGUCAUGGUAGCAUUGCUUCCUCUGAACUUCCUGAUAUCUCAGCGCGUGAUGGCUGUGCAGGCUCGAGUUUUGACAGCUAGCGAUGCUCGGAUACAUGUUACCAAUGACAUUCUAAAUAAUCUCAGGACAAUCAAAUACUCGGCUUGGGUGAAGCCGUUCAUGGAACGGGUCUUGAAAAGACGACGGGCAGAGAUGAUUGAACUGCGUUCGCGGUGCAUCUGGUGGUCUAUUAAUAUGACCACUUUUCACGCCCUCCCCUUCCUUGUGACUAUGAUUACUCUCUUCUUAUAUACAAUCAUCUGGGGUCAGUCCUUGGGCACAUCAACCGCCUUUCCAGCUCUAGCUAUCUUCGGGAUCAUACGAAUCCCAUUGGAUCGGAUGGCUAGUUCUGUCACUUUUAUCAUGCGUGCCCAUGUGUCUCUCACCCGCAUUGAGAGCUUCUUGCAAGAGAAAGAAACCGGAAAAUACGAUCAGCUUCGCAAUACUCAUGUUUCUGUUCCAGAAACUAUCGGGUUCGAGAAUGCCACUCUCGCGUGGCCAACUGGGGGUUCUGGACGUGAACGCAGUGAUAGCAAUGAUACAUCAAGAGAAGACAUCGCACUUACUGAUAUAAUCCCAUCCAGUCCAUAUUUUCGACUUGAAAACCUUCAAAUCACAUUCCGACCUAACGCAUUGAAUGUCGUUUGCGGCCCCAGUGGCUCCGGAAAGUCAUCCCUACUGCUCAGUCUUCUCGGAGAAAUGGACUUGAUCCACGGCCAUGUUAUCCUCCCUCACGAGAAGAAGCCCGGAGAAUUAUCGUUCACGUCUCUCAACGAUACUACUGCAUACUGCUCGCAGGAGCCUUGGAUUUUGAACCGUAGUAUACGAUCCAAUAUCCUGAUGGAUCUCCCUUUCGACGGCCGGCGCUACGAAAAUGUGUUACAAGCCACAGGUUUGGUCCAAGACAUUGCAGCUCUAGACCACGGCGACCUUUCUUUGGCUGGAGAAGGUGGGAGUCGGCUUUCUGGAGGCCAAAAGCAGCGUGUCGCUUUGGCUCGGACACUGUAUAGCACGUGCAAGUAUGUUCUCUUAGAUGACUGUUUGAGUGCCGUGGAUUCUCGCACGGCAAGUCACAUUUUCUUCCAGGCUAUCAAAGGUCCGUUGAUGUAUGGUCGGACAUGCAUACUAGCUACCCAUGCCGUGCAGUUAGUCACGCCGCAUUGUGAUUACCUGGUUAUCUUAGAUGAUGGCCGGGUGGCAGGUCAAGGCACAGCCAAAGAACUAGCAUCGACGGGUGUUUUCAAGAGUGUGAUUGUUGGAGACAGAAUUCAUUCGCCCCCGACAGAUGCUGAUUCAAGUGGUGAAAACGCUAAAUCUAAUGCCCACGAGGGCUCUGUUUUGCCGCAAGAAAUAGACGGCAAGCCAGAUGAUUUAGAGUCCCAGUCAAAGUAUACAGAGAGCAAGGCCGAAGGCACAGUGACCUGGCCCGUCAUACGAACAUAUCUCGUCACAAUGGGGCCACGAUCAUAUUGGAUCAUCGUAUUUUUCAUGUUUGGCGCACAACAGAUUGCUGCACUGGGCACAAACCUAUGGAUCAAGCAAUGGUCAUUCGAAUAUGAUAAAAUUGGAGACAGCCAAACCCAAAAGCCCAAUGCAUGGUACUACAUGACCAUCUACAUAGCCAUUUGUCUAGCAUACGUCCUCAUCACCUUCAUUCGUGACCUCAUAACACUUUACGGGUCCCUCAAAGCGUCAUCCGGAAUAUACGAAAAGUUGUUACAAUCGGUUCUCCGCGCCAAACCUCUCUUCUUCGAUAAAACCCCAUUCGGCCAGAUUACCAACCGACUCACCAAGGACGUUGAAGUCAUGGACCAAUCUCUGCCUGGAUUCUCAAUCAGCGCUUUGCAACUCAUUGCGUCUAUGGUUAUGGUUAUCGGUAUGAUCUCCAGUGUUGUUCCGGCUUUUCUUGUUGCCGCGGCUUUCAUUUGCGUGGCAUAUUGCCUCGUGACGGCGGUGUAUAUCAAUGGGGCGCGGGAUUUGAAACGCAUUGAAUCCGUGCAAAGGUCUCCAUUGUAUCAGCAAUUCGCAGAAAGCCUCGCAGGGUGCGUCAGCCUCCGGGCUUAUGCGCAAACAGGGUCUUUCACCCUGCAAAACCACGCGCUUGUGGACCAGAUAAACCAGUCGUAUUUGCUACAGUGGGCAACGCAAGCGUGGUUGACGUUUCGCAUCGAUGUUCUCAGCUCCCUAGUGUCGUUUUUUACAGGCGCCUUUGUGCUGCUGAAUUCCAGCUCUAUUGACCCUGGGAGCGCCGGGCUGGUGCUUACUUUCGCUGCGACUUUUACCGAAAACGUCAUGUGGUUCGUACAAGUCUAUUCUAUCGUCCAGCGGAAUCUCAACUCCGUGGAGCGCAUCAUCGAGUAUAUUGAUGUCGAACAAGAAGAAUCGGGCGCCUCUCCAAAGCUCAUGUACGACUUCCCCCGAAACUGGCCAACAGACGGAAGGGUGCGGUUCGAUGGUUAUUCCACACGUUAUGCACCCGAGCUAGAUAUGGUGUUGAACAACGUGACUUUUGAGGUCUGUCCAGGUGAACGAGUUGCAGUGGUUGGCCGUACGGGGGCAGGUAAAAGCUCUCUUGCGCUGGCUUUGAUUCGGGCACUGGAAAGCGAAAGUGGCCACAUCGAGAUCGAUGGUGUUGAUAUUCGUUCUCUGCCGCUAGAUCAGCUACGACAAGCUAUCACGCUGGUGCCUCAGGAUCCGCAGCUGUUUGAUGGUACAAUACGGGAUAAUCUAGACCCUCUACAUGCACACAACGACGAAGAGAUGCUUUCUUUACUGCGCCACGUCCGCCUAGUCGACAACACGCAUGAUGCAUCUGAAAAGGCCACAGAGACAGAGAAUAAAGGUUUCAGUCGUCUAGAUCAGACAGCCAGCACGCUAUCACGUGGCCAACGCCAGCUGCUGUGUAUUGUAAGAGGGCUUUUACGCAAAACGCGCAUCUUAGUACUCGAUGAAGCUACGGCAUCGAUUGACCAUGAGACGGACGCCGCGAUCCAGGCGACGAUACGGAUCAGUAUUGCGCACGGGACUACGGUGCUGACUAUUGCACAUAGACUGCGCACUAUUGCCGACUAUGACAGGGUCGUUGUAUUGGACACUGGCCGUGUUAUCGAGGAGGGUUCUGUCCGUAACCUUCUCGCUCGUCGCGGGAAUGGCGCCGUUUUCCGUCGUUUGUGUGAGGAAUCUGGAGAUAUUGAGAAUAUCGAGCAGGCUGCUGGUGUAGUCCGCGCAGGCAAAUUUUGA